AUGAAGACAGACAGAGUGAAGGAGGAGAGGAGGAGUGAAGGAGUGAAGGAGAGAAGGAGUGAAGGAGUGAAGGAGAGAAGGAUGUCUGUCUCUCUCUCUCUCUCUCUCUCCCUUCCUCUCUCUCUCUCUCCCCCCCUCCCCUCUAGCUGUUUAAAAGCAGCCGGUGGGCGUGCGAGCCUCCACUCAGCAGACAUGACUGCAGUGGGAGGACUGGUGCUGGUUCUGGGUUUACUGGUGAGCGCUCGCUGUGAGGUGAGAGCUCGAGACCCCGAGGUAGAGGAGGAUGAGGAGAGAGGAAGAGGGGGGGAAAGGGGGGGAGGAGGGGGAGGAAGGGGAGGAGUCGAGGGAGGAAACUACCCAGCACGAACCGGGAACUGGUGUGCGUUCGUGCAGAGGCGUGUGGUUACCACGGCGGCGGUGUGUGGAUCAGAGAAGUAUGUCAUGAAGUCUCAGAGUCCGUGUCCGAGCGGGGCGCCCGACUGCCAGCUGCCCAUGUACAAGCUGUCCUCGCGGCCGCUGUACAGGCAGAAGCAGCAGAUCUACAGCGCUCUGCUGUGGCACUGCUGUCCGGGAUACGGCGGACGCAACUGUGAAGACACGGUCUCUGACACACAGCGGGAUUCUGCAAGCUCGGAUCUGGUCGGAGGAUCUGGACCGGUGAGACCAGAGCUCCAUGUUCCAGGUGUGCAGCUAGAGCGGCUCCAGCAGCGCGACGACCCGAACCGCGAACAGAACGACCACGAGGCGCCGUACCACACCGGCGACCCGGACAGCCCGCACACCACCCCACCGCCCGCCCAUCGCACCCCACCCCCAGCUCUGCACCGCGACCACGGCCGCCAUCACACAGCGCACGCCCAUCGCACCCCAGCCCCCGCCCUGCAACCGGACCACGGCCGCCAUCACACAGCCCCAGACCUGCACCGGGACCACGGCCGCCAUCACACAGCCCCAGACCUGCACCGGGACCACGGCCGCCAUCACACAGCCCCAGACCUGCACCGGACCACGGCCGCCAUCACACAGCCCCAGACCUGCACCGCGACCACGGCCGCCAUCACACAGCGCGGCCAUCGCACCCCAGCCCCCACCCCGCAACCGGACCACGGCCGCCAUCACACAGCGCACGCCCAUCGCACCCCAGCCCCCGCCCUGCGCCGGGAGCACCAUCACACAGCGCACGCCGCUGGGAGCGCCCACGACCAUCAGCACCACCUCGACCACGGGCCGCAGGAACUCCGCCUUCCUGACACUGCCACCCUGCCAGACGCCCCAGCCGCAGCUACCAUCCCAUACCCAGACUUCCCCAGUGGCGACUCACACCCAGACGCCAAUGCCCGCUCAUACCCAGACCUCAAUGCCCGCUCAUACCCAUACGUCGAUGCCCCUCCAUACCCAGAUCCCGAUGACUUUCCAUACCCAGAUGCCCCUGCUUCCCUUCCUGUCCCCCACAUUAUGGCGCUGGUGAUGUCCCAGCUGCAGCCAGUGCUGCAGGGCUUUAACCACUCCCUGGAGCACCUGAGCCGGCAGGUAGGAGAGCUGGCGCGGGACGUGGCCGAGCUGAAGAGCAGCCGGCUCGUGGCCGAGCCUCAGCCGCCGCAGUCGUCGCACCACGUGGUCCAACCGGACCUCGCCGAGGCAGCGGACGAGCGGCUGGACGCCAGACUGGAAGAGGCGUUUGAGCACGUCAGGGAGGUCCAGAGGCAGCUGGAGAGCCAGCGAAGAGAAAUGGAGAUCAGGCUGCACUCCCAGCAUGCAAUGCUGCAGUACAACCUCACCAUGUUCAAGAUGGACAUCGACAUGAAGCUGAAACGCCACCAGAAGAUGCUGCAGGUCAGUCUGCAGGCCAUGAAUGCCACACUAACGGAGCUGAACCAGAACCAGGAUCAGUAUCCGGACCAGGACCAGGACCAGGACCAGGACCAGGAUCAGGAUCAGGAUCAGACCGCUGAGGAACUUGCCCCUCACCCACUGCCGCCACAGCCCUCGGACACCGCGGCGCUCUGGGAGGCGGUGGAGCGACUAGACAAUAUGGUCGUCAACAACACGGUGAAGGUGGAAGGGCUGGUGGAGGAUGCGGAGGUGACAGCGGGCAGCGUGCAACAGCUGCGCCGGGACAUUAAACAUCUGGAGAAGCUGAUCAACGCCACGGCGAGAACGGGCCAGGUGCAGUUCAUGGAGACGGUGCUAGAGGUGGAUUUGGCACGGGCCACGGUGCUGCAGCGCGUUAGCGAGCUGGCGGCGAACCUCAGCGCGUACGGCGAGCGGCUGAUCGAGACGGACUCGGACGUCGACCAUCUGUACAUAGCGUUCUACAAACGCAACACGUCCGCAGGCUGCGACUGCGCCGCGCUGUGGGCCACCGUGGCGACGCUGGAGAGGGGCGUGGCCAACGUGACGCAGCUGGCCAAUGAAAACAGAGCAGCGCUGGACGAGGAUGGGGGGGCGGGGCAGUGGUCGGGGGGCGGAGAAUGGGAGCCCGCCGUGGAGGCACUGCAAUACGCCCUCCAGCAGGUGAGGGAGUCCGUAGCGUCCGUGGCGUCCGAGCAGAGCGGCAGCCAGUCUCUGGACCAGCGCCUGACGCAGCUGAGCCGCUCGCUGGCGGCGGCGCUGGCCGACGUCUCGGCGCUGAUGGAGUCUGAAAGGAAGCAGCGCGACGAGAUGCAGCGGCUCUCCGCCUCCUUCCGCUCGCUGCUGACGGACGCCGUGCGCCACAGCGACGUGCUGGAGAUACUGCUGGGCGAGGAGGUGCUGGAGUUCCUGGACUGGCCCGUCCAAGACCAGGAGGCGCACAGCGUCCCCGCGCUGAAGGAGACACUGAGGGGACACGAGCAGAGCAUCGCCGCCCUGCUGGACAGAAACACAGGAGACAGAGAGGAGCUCCCGUCAGCGGACCAGCCCCCCCCCUCCUCUUCGCUCCUCUCUGACGGAUGGCGUCCGGCCAGCGUUACGAAGAACGGCGCCGGCGGUGCAGCGCGGGAACGCCAGCGCCUCCUACAGGCCGACGGCGGUGACCUCUGGAACCUCGAGAAAACGGUGGAGGAGCUGAAGAUAAAGGUUCUGCAGCUGGAGGAGACGUUGGCGCCCAGCGGAGGCGCCGCGGUGCUGCAGGCGGAGGUGACGUGGCUGAAGCGCGGCCUGGAGGAACAUCUGCGAACGUUUAAGAACGUGUUCAGCAACGCUGACGUGCUGGCCGGCUCGGCCGCCACGCUGGAGCUGGACAAACUGUGGCAGCUGCUGCAGAGCAGAGACGAUAAGAAAGAGAAGAAGAAGAAAGGAGGGAACCAUCGCAGCCGGAGGGAGACGACAGGUGUCGCUCCGGUCCCGUCCAGCCAAUCAGGAGCCUCCGUGAUGCUGGCGGCCGGAGGAGACGCUCGGCGGAGGAGGCCCGGCUGGAACUGAACAGGAGCUUGGGCGGAGUCAGAGGACAAUGUGUUCGACCAAUCAGAGGAAAGAUCUCGGGGAGUUCAAACCUAUUUUACACUGUUUGCUUUGGAAAAAAGCGACAAAAAUGAAAAAAAUAAAAAAUGACAAAAAGAAGCAUGAAAAAAAAAUCCUAUUUGUGUCAAAAAAGCGCCUUAAACUUCUGAGGGAGGAGUCAGAGGGCUGCUCCACUCGACCACCUGACGGCGCUGUCGACCAAUCAGAGGAAAGAUCAGAGACUCUGGGAGUUCAGACUUAUUUAAACAAACUGAAGCUCCCUUCAACAACCUGUCAGCUGUCAGAAAAACACACAUAGGACCCUAUCCUGCACCCGGCCGGCGCAAAGCCCGUCCCAAGUAUCUUUGCUAGUUUAAGGCCGACCCAGUUGUCAGUUUACCGUCCAGCGUCUGCAUCAUUUAAAUAGCAAAUGCACCUGCACCCAUCUGUGGCCCAUGGGUCUUACAGGGAGGUGUGAUCAGGUGCAUUCUGGGCGUGCUGGUCUUACAGGGAGGUGUGUUCAGGU